UUGAAGUAAAGGGAAAGAAGGCGGAGAGGAGGCUUGUCUUCCUGCCUUCCUUCAUCCUGGUGAACCAGACAUGUGAUUAGCAUUGCUGUCUGCUACUUAGUUUGCCCUGCAGUCAGCCUGCUCUGCCUUCAGAGGAUAAACCGCCUGCAUACUACUGUCACCCCCUAAGCCCAGCACAGGACCGCCUGCCAGCCCACGGGCAUCAAACUCCUAAUCAUGCUUGGCACUACAACAGGCAAGAAGCUGGAUCUCUCCAAGCUCACGGACGAGGAGGCCAAGCACGUCUGGGAAGUCGUCCAGCGGGACUUCGACCUGAGGAAGAAGGAGGAGGACAGACUCGGGGAGCUAAAGACCAAGAUUGAGAAAGAAGACACCAAGAGAGAGUUGUUGGGGAACCAGACCAGCCUCACGGAGUCGUACUGCAUUCGAUGUCUCCAGCCGUUUAAGUUCCUGGUCAACAGCAAGCGUCAGUGUCUGGACUGCCAGCUCUACAUCUGCAAGUCCUGCAGUCUCUACAACAAGAAGGAGCAUGGCUGGGUGUGUAAUCCCUGUCAUAUGGCCAGGGUCCUCAAGAUCGGGACUUUGGAGUGGUACCACGAAAACGUCCGGGCUCGCUUCAAGCGCUUCGGCAGUGCCAAGGUGAUGCGAUCGCUCUUCAAGAGGCUGAGCGGGGAACGCAGCUGCUCUCAGAAUGAUCUUGAAGAGCCUCGUGAAUACGACACACAGAGCAUACCUGAGGUCCACAUAAAUGGAUACAAGGAGCACAGUAUGGACGGGACCGACUCACACCACUACAAGGGGAUGAAAAAGGCCAAAAGGCGGCUAACUGUCGAUCCCUUUGAUUUUGAACUUGGCGGUGACUACUCCAUCGAAUCGAGAGGACAGCCGAGCCAGGCCUCGGUCUCCCGAGACAUCAUGGACAUGGAUGCAGGUGAGAGGGAGUCGAUGCUCGCUGAGGCCGACAUGGCCUCGGUUUUCCACCAGAUUUUGGAGGACCAGUGCAAAGUUCAGGACCUGGGAAUGGCUCCACAGCAAGAUGACCUGGCGUACCCAGACAACCAGACUGUUCCAUCUCGCUCCGUGUCCCGGCUCAGCUCCUCGUCGUGGGGCAGCGGCGGUGCUUGGGGCCCCCCGGGCAGCAGCAGCUAUCUGCCCGGCCCCGAAGACUCUGAGGAGGAAGACCAGCACAAGCUCUUCCCUCUCUACCAGUCUCAUCUGGGCCUCUGCAGCCACACCUCCCAGGAGAGCCUGAACUCAGCCAACCCUCCACCACAGAUCCCUGACCUGGACAGACGCAUGUCGGCCAUUGAGACCCUCCUGAACCACUUAGAGCAGAAGGUCACCACGACAUACGACCAGAGCAGCCCGGCUCCUCAGACUCCAAACAGCUCCUCUCCUCUUCCUCAGUGUGAGGAAGAGGACUUAGAGGAGCAGCAACUGAGACAGAAGCUGCAUGAGAUGACGGACAACAUCAGUGACCAGGGUCUGACCUCUGACGAGGACGAGAGCCCAGCAUGGAGGAGCCCAGAGGGGGAGGCCAAGCCCAGCAGGAUACCCACCACCAGACCCACAUCCAGAACCAGCAUCCUUCUCUGCAGACUGGAGGAAGAGCGGCCCCAGCAGACUCAGAAGACAAGCCAGUCAACAGAGAGCCUGGAGAGAAAGCGGCCCCCGCUAGAGGAGGGGUCAAAGGGGAGCUUCAAAGGCUCCACGGCCUUGCUGGUGGAGCUGGAGGACCAGGUAGCUCAGGCAGCCGCCAACGUCCAAAACGCCCAGAGUGAGGCCUCUUACAUAGAGAACAGGAUUGCUGCCCUGAAUGCUGCCGGCAUGCCCGUGGACAAAAGAAGAAAGUCUGCGAUCCCGAUCCAAGCAAGGAGACUCUCCCACAACUUUCCCACAAGCCAGGUGGCCAGGUUUGAGAGGAACUCCUUCUACAGGGGCUCCCUGACCCAGAGGAACCCAGUGGCUAAGCCUGAGACCAGGGCCACCUGUGCGAAACCAGUGAUGACGCAGGGCUCAUGAGGAGGAGGCUGAGCAUCAUGUGACCACGUUACCGUUUGGAAUCAGCUGAAAUUCAGCUUUCAUAGACUGUCAACUGGGAUGGGGGGGGGGCUUACAUUUAUAUUUAAAAUGUUGUUGAGUUGAACUAUAUGAACCAUAUGAUGAAUUACAUGCACUAACUGUUAAACUGGCAUCUUAGGGUGUCAGAUGCAAGUUAAUGCAUUCACCUAAAUGUGCAAAAAAACGUUCUAAUUUGCUUUUUUAAUCUAAAAACCUUGAUAUUUAUUCAAAUAUUUACACAUGCAUUUCAAAUGAAGCUAUUUAUAGCCAGUCGAAACAUUGUGCAAGAACGAACCGCAAAUCAGUUUGAAAUAGUUUUACAUUUUCCCUUUUUUUUUAUGUAACUUUCUGACGUUUGGGGUCUCUCAACCAAAACAACGGAUGGUGAACGCGGACUUUUGAUGAUGUUGGGAAGUUGCGUGGAAUUAUGGGAGUUGU